AAAAGAACACUAGAACGACGGCGUAGCUUAACAAAAUCUCUGGUUCCGCCAAAUUUUUAGAGAGAGAGAGAGAGUGAGAGGAUAAAUGGGAGGAGGUGGGACGAGCGAUGGCGGCAUGUUGUACCACGAGGUACAAGAGUCGAAAUUGUGCGCGGUGCACUGCGUGAAUACCGUAUUGCAGGGUCCAUUCUUCUCGGAAUUCGAUUUGGCGGCUAUGGCCUCCGAUCUCGACCGUACAGAGCGGCAGAUGAUGCUCGGUGCCGUCACUGGAGAUUUCCUCCCUGAACAGUCACACAACGUUUCGCUUGAUGGCGAUUUCAGCAUCCAGGUUUUGGAAAAGGCUUUGGAGGUGUGGGACUUGCAAGUCAUUCCCCUUAACAGCCCUGUUGCAGAGCCUGCUCAGUUCGACCCAGAAUUGGAGAGUGCAUUUAUUUGUCAUUUGCGGGACCACUGGUUUUGUAUAAGGAAAGUAAAUGGAGAGUGGUAUAAUUUUGACAGCCUCUAUGCAGCACCCGAGCACUUCUCCAAAUUUUACCUUUCAGCCUACCUUGACUCUUUGAAAGGCUUUGGCUGGAGCAUUUUCCUGGUGAAGGGAAAUUUCCCGAAGGAGUGUCCCAUCACAUUCUCCGAAGCCUCCAAUGGUUAUGGGCAGUGGUUGUCACCUGAAGAUGCCGAGAGGAUUACCAAGUCUUGCAACUCGGCUUUGAGAUCUCGUCCAGGAGCUAGUCAGUCUCAGCAUCAUUCCAAUCCCCGUCUGCAGCAUGUACAACCAGAAAUAUUGUCUGACAAUGAAGAUGAGGAUUUAAAAGCUGCAAUAGCUGCCAGCUUGAUCGAUUCAACUCAAGAAAUCAAAACAGAGGCAAGUAUCACAGAAAAUGAAAAUAAAAACAGCAAUGAAGCAAAGGCAUGACAGGAAGCAUCUUUCAAGUUAAUGUAGUCUGCUGUUCGAUCAUAGUUGUGUGCUUCCAGUCUUUAAUCUUUAUAUUGUUAAACAAAUAUCUCCUGUUCAGUCUUAUACAGUAAAAAAAAUUAUAUGGAAAAAAGUAAGUCAUGUACGACAUUUUACGCCCUCCCAAAUAAUUUCUCUCAAUCAUGUAUUGUUGGGUAUUUUCUCUUUGGGAUGUAUGCUAUUGAGAGCCUUGACAGUUGCUGUUCGUUCAAUUUUUUUCUGAAAGGUAUUCUCAAUUUUCAAUUAUUA